CUAAGUGGGUCACGUGAGUUGCUGGGCUAAAAAUGCAGUGACGUGUGAGAGUUCCGUCAGUGUGGCAGCGUCUGACAUCGCUCCCACCCGGGACAUCCGCUGCUCGACUGUGGUCGCUCCAAGAGAGAAGAGCUAGGAUGCGGACGAUGAACGAAACACUCUGCGCGGGCUUGAGGGACAACAUUUUGUUUUCCCACAACCGCGACAAGACUCGUUGGAUUGCAUUGUGAGGAGGGCAAAGCGCGCAGCUUUCCUCUGUCGCUCGUUCUGCGUGCGUGCGUGCAGCAGCAGCAGCAGCAGCAGCCAGGCGAGAAUCGCCCGCGCCUUCUUCUCGCUGCACGGCCAGCUUCCGACCCGUGUGCAAGCUGCUGUCAUCUUUUUGACAAAGAGCAACUUGGAUGAGAGCGCUCGACGGCGGUGAGGAUCGGGAAGGGAAGCUGCGGUGUUUACCGGGGAGAGAGGAGAGGAGGAGUUGCAGCAAGGGGGAGCUCGGGGGAAAAAACCCCGCAGGCUAGGAGACUGUGGAGAUGCCCGUGAGCGAGGACGGGACGCGAGCAAUGUGUCGGUGCAAUUAGCGGACUACAGAAGGCCUUGAUUUCAUUCAGUCCGGUGAUGUGGACUAAAAGCAGCGGGCGACGACUCCGCUGCUAGCCGACUGCAACAUGAGGAAGAGGAGGUACGCAGCACUGCACAUCUCCCUGCCUGCAUCAUCGCUGAGCCUGCACGGGCGCUUUGCCCAUCAAGCCAUUCUACGUGCAUCCCAAAAGUAGCCCAGGCAGGACCAGAUUAGAGGAGGGGAGCCCUCUCAUAUCCUGAAAGGAGCAAGACGUAGAACUUGCUUAUCUCCAAAGAGAAACUGCUCAAGUCUCCAGUUGCCUUCUUAGUGCCACACUUGACCUCAGCGACGUGACCUUCCAAAGACUCCAACCACGUCAUCUGCCAGCUCAAGCAACUUUGACUUUUUGGGCAACCAACCACAUGUUUGAGGCGACUCAAUGUGAGCGCCUCCGCCCGUUCCCGCAAGGCCAACCUUCACCAUGCAGUGGCGACGGCGACAUUGCUGUCCCCUCAAGAUGACGUGGACGGCCAAGCGCUCGCUAUUCCGGACUCAUGUGGCGGGCCUCCUUUCGCUGGCGCUGCUCUUCACCCUCUUCUCCUUUUUCAGUCGCCAGGACUGGCUGCCCGGCCGUAGCGGGCCACGGGAAAACCCGCUGGCCUACACCGUCAGGGGUUUCCGCAACGCCAGGGGGGAGGCCAACCAGAGUAGCUCCCUCAGGAGCCUUUGGCGGGAGGCAGGUGUCGUCGCGGCCAAGCCCCCUCCGCUCAAUCUCAGUUCUCAGCCUGCAGGAGGGUUGGCCGGGGAGGCGGGAGGAGGACUCGGUGGAGGCGGGGCAGCUCGCGUGGCUGUCAUGGGACUGGGAGACUCCAUGAGCACCAACAACAGUUUACAGAAGGAGAUGGACGUGGGAGGGAAGCUAAGCGCUCAUCCCUACCGUUACAUCCUCAACCAGCCUUUCAAGUGUAGCGACAGCACCCCCUUCCUCGUCCUGCUGGUGGCCGCCGAGCCGGGCCAGGCCGAUGCCCGCAAGGCCAUCCGCCAGACGUGGGGCAACGACAGUGUGGCCAUGGGCCUGGGCUUUGUGCGACUCUUCCUGCUGGGCGUGGGCGAGAGCUCGGACGCCUCGCUUCAGAGUAGCAUCGAGGAGGAGAGUCGCCUUUACCGAGACAUCAUCCAGCAAGAAUAUCGAGAUACCUACUACAACCUGACCAUCAAAACCUUGAUGGCCAUGAACUGGGUGGCCACGUAUUGCGCACACGCCUCGUACGUGAUGAAGACAGACAGCGACAUGUUUGUCAACACAGAGUAUCUCAUUCAGAAGCUGCUGAAGCCCGAGCUGCCUCCCAGGCGCAGGUACUUCACAGGCUACCUGAUGAGAGGGUACGCGCCCAACAGAAACAAGGACAGUAAGUGGUACAUGCCGCCCGAGCUGUACCCAAGCGAGCGCUACCCAACCUUCUGCUCCGGCACGGGCUACGUCUUCUCGGGGGAUAUGGCGGAACUCAUCUACCAGGCCUCGCUGGGCAUCCGCAGGCUCCACCUGGAGGAUGUCUAUGUGGGGAUCUGCCUCGCCAAGUUGCGCAUCGACCCGACUCCGCCUCCCAAUGAAUUUCUCUUCAACCACUGGAGGGUGUCUUACUCCAGUUGUAAGUAUAGCCACCUCAUCACCUCGCAUCAGUUCCACCCAAACGAACUGGUCAAGUACUGGAACCACUUGCAGAGCAACAAGCACAACGCCUGCGUUAACACGGCCAAGGAAAAGAACGGCAGGUACAGGCAACGGCGCUUCCAUGGAGAGCGGCCUCCUUGAUGACAACGUUGACCUCGGCGUAGGAAAAGCACAUUGGUUUUGCUAUCGUGUACAGUCGAUUUUAAUUUUUUUUUAUUAUUUUGAGAGAAAUGUCAAGUAUUGUAUAUAUGGUGCAAUGACAGACAAAUCUGUGUUAUGGCGCACGGGCUCAGUGUGGAGGAGAAAAGGUAUUCCACACGGAUAAAUCUAAGCUUCAAAAGAUGUCGCCAAUGUGUUUACACAGACAAAGGGAAAUGUACACGUCUUUGGUUGCAGGUCAUACUACCUAAACAUGAAUGAAAAUAUCUUUGGCAUUGUCCACUCCUUCUGACCUCUUUCUGUCUUUCUGUCAGUGUUUACGUUCCAGUUGCAUCAAAUGCCACAAAUUCUAAAAGUUUAUCUGCCAUAUCCUGUAUUUUAUCUACAAAAAUAAACAUGAAAGCACACAAAAAAUGGCCGAUCUUGUUUUUUUCAUUAAGAAGUUCACUUGAGCAGCUGGUGAAUAAAUGAACUGAAUUCAUCCAUCCACUUGCAGUCUGGCUUACCCGUGCUGAGCCACGGGGAGGAGGAGCCCAUCCCGGACGAUUUUGGGUGAAAGGCAGGCUACACUCUUGAUGGUCACAAGGCGCAGACAGACAGACGAGCCUUCGUAUUGACGCUGGCGCAGUGUGAGUCGCAUUCACCUUUCACCAGCAUCGACUUUUGCAGCUAGUCUGAACGUCAAUUCUAUGAUCGCAUUUCAACAGCUUCGUUUUGACGGUUCAAAAGCUAAGUGCGAUAAAUAAGGUUCUUUUUGAUCACUCAAUUGGAUCAUCAGAUGAUUUUCUUUAAUACAGUUUAAUUGAGCCAUAUAAAUACCAGCCAACUCUUUGUCUUUGCAGCACAAGAUAAUUUGGAUCAUUAUCACCUGUAUCAAGGACAUAAAUAUUAUUUAAAAAAUUUUUUAGCACUCUCUUGCACGAAAAUGACCUGAAAUGUUAUUUAUGAAUAAAAUACGUGCAUACAUACAUAUAUGCACACUAUCGAUCCUCUCUAGAUUCUAUCUAUGCUGUGACAUGGACAUCCACUUUUUAUUUAAUUGAUUUUCAUGUUGUAUCAUUUGUGCCCUCUCUGCAUCCAUUUCAACCUGGUGAUCCUGAAAGGGGGAUCCUUCCAUCUGUGGUCCCUUCUCAAGGUUUCUCAUUUUCCCCCUGCUAGGGGUUUUUAAGUUUUUCCUUGCCCUUUUGGGAGCUUAAGAUCAGGGGAUGCUUUGAGAAUAAUUGUCAAUUUCUGUCUAUGUGAAGCCCUUUGAGACUGCUUGUGAUUUAGGGCUAUACAAAUAAACUUGACUUGACUUGA